GAUUGUCACUCAGAUCAUCCUUGUCUACCUGUUCCGUUCAUUAUUUAUGGGAAGUGACAGUGCAGUGCAGUCAUAGAUUUUUCGGAAUUGGUUAUUCAUUGCGGAUUUUGAGUUCUCGAUGUAUUCAUUUCACAUUUCUUGUUGUAAAAAGAAAUCUUAACUAUUAUAAUUUUUGUGCUCUAUUAAAAUACCGCAACAUGUUAUUCGCGUGUUAACAAAUAAGUCUAAAUCCAUCCAUUUAAAAAAUAUGAUAUAUUUAUAACAUUAUAGGCUAAUAGAUUUUAGUGUCUCCCUGUAACUAUAGAUUGAAUAUUCGUAUCAAUAUAGUUUCAGCUGUCAAUUUAAACAAUUUCAAUAUUAUUAUUAUGCGUUCUACCAAUGGGAGUAAAUUAGGUAUUGAUUUAUUACCAAACAUUGUACUCAGUAAGGGAACAGUGAGCAAAAUUUUCCUACUGUGCCUUCUGUUUAGCCAGGUUAUAGCAAAGGAAUAUGGAUGCAUAUGGUAUGGAGAGUGUAAUACUGAUAAACAAUCACACAAACAAAAUUGCCCAUACACAGGACCUGGUAAAGAGAUGACUAACCCUGCAAGUCUUAGUAUUUUAAGGAAAUGGUGCCCUCAUUUGGCCGAAGGAAAUGGUUCAAUAAACUUAUGCUGUGAUGAUGCCCAAUUAAAAACUAUGGAUUCCAAUAUAAAGUUGGCGGCAAACUUCCUAGCCAGGUGUCCAAGCUGUCUCACUAAUCUCCUAGCUCAUAUUUGUGAUUUCACUUGUGCCCCCGACCAGAGUCGGUUUGUUAACGUUACAGAAACGGCAGUCACUGCUCUAGGUAAGACAGUGAUAACAGGUAUUGACGUGUACAUAUCGGAGAGCUACAUGUCUGGUGUGUUCAACUCAUGUAUCCAGGUGUCGGUGCCGUCAACAGGUAACCUCGCGUUGGAACUCAUGUGUGGACAAUGGGGGGCUAGUCGCUGCACACCGCGCAAGUGGUUUGACUAUAUGGGUGACCCUGCUUUAAAUACGUAUGUGCCUUUUAAAGUGGCUUAUGUAUCUGUACCUUCAACUAACGCAUCUAUUGAUGGGUUUCAAGUGUUAAACCCUGAGAUCAGAGCAUGCAAUGUUCCUGUAAAUUCUUUUACGCCGGCAUGUAGCUGCAUGGACUGUGAAGCCAGCUGUCCUGCCGACCCCCCUCCCCACCUCCCUGACAGACCCUGUCGACUUCUUGGCAUUGAUUGUUAUCACAUCAUGAUGCUCUCAUUGUUCGUCUUCGGAUCAAUGGCAUUCCUAUUAGUUGUCAACUUCGAAGAAAAGCUGAUGGUGCUUAUUUCCGAUUCGGGCUUGGUGCAUCAUGUCUCCGGUGACGAUGGUAAGAUUGUGGUCGGUCGCAGAUUGGCUGCCAAGAAACAUUCAAGCACUUCUCUAGAUGAUGACGAAACCAGUCCGUUACAGUCGAAGCGGUCCAGUCUCGCGAGCAAUGUGGAGGAAGUAGAUGGUUCCGAGGUUCCAACAACAAAUACCUCCCAACCGGCGUCAUACUGCGAGAAACUCGGUGCUGAGUUAGAUAAGCUGCUUCAAGAGUCUUUUGAACGUUUGGGUUGUGCUUGCGCCCUGCACCCCUGGCGUACACUGCUGAUCGGCUUGUGUGUGGUGGUGGUGCUGGGAAACGGUAUCCUCUACGUGCAUCUGACCACUGACCCUGUGGAGCUCUGGGCCUCCCCUACAUCUCGUUCUCGUCAGGAGAAAACGUAUUUUGACUCACACUUUGAACCCUUCUACCGUACUGAGCAAGUCAUAAUUCAUGCUUCAGGUCUGAAAAAUGUAAUACACAACACCUCAAAUGGUCUCAUUGAAUUUGGUCCAGUAUUCAACAAGGAAUUCCUUUUAGAAGUCUUGAAACUUCAAGAAAAAAUUGAAACGUUGGGUCAAGAAGAUGGGGAAGGGCUGGAGAACAUCUGCCAUGCCCCACUGACCUCUCCGUUCACUGGACCGACCAGAGUGUCUCAGUGCGUGGUAGAGAGCAUCUGGGGCUACUACAAGAACGACAGGGAAGAGUUCAACAGUGAGAGAGAUGAAAUAGACUUUAAGGUCAACUAUCUAGACCACUUUAUCCAGUGUUCACAGAAUAGUUACAGAGAAGAAUGCCUGGCAAUGUUCGGUGGCCCUAUCGAUCCUGCAAUAGCCCUAGGGGGCUUCCUCAAACCUGGUGAAUCUCUGUCCAAAGAUGCACCUUACGAGAGAGCAACAGCUGUCAUCCUUACCUUUAUUGUCAACAAUUAUCACAAUAAAACCAAACUCCAGCCAGCCCUUAAGUGGGAGAAAAGAUUUAUUAGUUUUAUGAAGAACUGGACAGAGACUGAGAAACCUCCAUUCAUGGAUGUGGCAUUCACGGCUGAAAGGUCUAUCGAAGAUGAACUGGAUAAAGAAUCUCGCUCUGAUGUGGUCACAAUCUUUGGCAGCUAUGUUCUCAUGUUUGCUUACAUAGCAUUGGCACUGGGUCAGAUUCGCCAGUGUAGUACAUUGUUGAUGGACAGUAAAAUAACUCUGGGCCUGGCCGGUGUGGUGGUUGUAUUGAUGUCUGUAGGGUGCUCCGUUGGUUUCUUCGGCUACAUUGGAGUACCGGCAACACUCAUCAUCUUUGAGGUUAUUCCAUUCUUGGUGUUAGCUGUGGGAGUGGACAACAUCUUCAUAAUAGUCCAGAGGCACCAGAGAGAACCUAAACUGGAAGGAGAGUCUGCGGAACAACACAUCGGUCGAGUGCUGGGCCUCGUAGGACCAUCCAUUCUGUUGACCAGUGUCUCCGAGUCAUGUUGUUUCUUCCUCGGAGGGUUAUCAGACAUGCCUGCAGUCAAAGCCUUUGCAUUGUAUGCAGCUAUGGCUCUGUUUGUCGACUUCCUCUUUCAAAUAUCCUGCUUCAUCAGCAUUCUCGCUCUGGAUACCAGGAGACGAGAGGAGCACAGGCUGGACAUGCUCUGCUGGCUGCAGUCCCCAAUCAAGGAGGAGAAGCUGCCGGAGGAGGGCACACUUUACAGCUUCUUCCGGGACUGGUAUGCACCUUGUGUGCUUCACCGCUACGUGCGUCCCACCGUGUUGCUUGUGUUUCUAGCCUGGGUGUGCCUCAGUCUCGCCGUCCUACCUAGCCUGUCCAUCGGCCUUGACCAGGAGCUCUCAAUGCCUCCUGAAUCUCAUGUCUAUAGAUACUUUACGUACCUGAACCAGUUCCUGUCUAUCGGCCCCCCUGUGUACUUCGUACUCACCGGCAGACUAGACAUGUCGGACUACUCCACACAGAACAUGAUCUGUGGCAGCCAACACUGCAACUUGGACUCUCUUACCUCCCAGAUAUACAGAGCAUCCAAGCACUCCAAUUUGACUUACAUUGGUCGGCCAGCCUCCUCCUGGAUGGAUGAUUACUUUGACUGGAUAGGCUCUGAUGGUUGCUGUAUGUUCUUCCCAAACAACGGCACUUUCUGUCCCCAUGAUGACCCCAUGAUGGAAUGUGAAUUCUGUGAAGUAAACAUGAAUCCAGCAUUAUCACGGCCUGAUGUGAACUCAUUCAAGAAGUAUUUAUCAUUCUUCCUCCAGGACAACCCAGACAGUGUAUGUGCAAAAGCGGGUCACGCAUCUUACUCACAAGCUGUCAACUACAAGGUUGAUGAGAACAACAACACAAUAGUAGAAGCUACAUACUAUAUGGCAUUCCAUACAAUCCUGAAAACAUCCAGUGAAUACUACGGAGCAAUAAGAGAAGCCCGGAUGAUCGCAGACAAUAUUACUGAGAUGAUAAACACCAACAUACAGAAGCUCGGAGGAAACACUGUGGUCAAUGUGUUUCCCUACAGUGUCUUUUACGUAUUUUUUGAACAAUAUCUGACAAUGUGGCCGGACACCCUGAAGAGCAUCGGGAUAUCGCUCGGAGCUGUGUUUCUGGUGACAUUUGUGCUGAUAGGUUUGGACCUGGUGCUGUCUCUGAUCGUGGUGAUUACCAUCACCAUGAUCAUCGUCAACCUCGGCGGCCUUAUGUACUUCCUGGACAUCACGCUCAACGCUGUCUCGUUGGUCAACCUCGUAAUGGCAAUAGGAAUAUCUGUAGAGUUCUGCAGCCACAUUGUGCACUCAUUCUCAGUAUCAGUAAAGGAGACAAGAACGCAGAGGGCAUCAGAUGCACUUCUCAACAUGGGCACGUCGGUUUUCUCUGGGAUCACUUUGACCAAGUUCAGUGGAAUUAUAGUUCUGGGCUUCGCCCACUCUCAGAUAUUCAAAGUGUUUUAUUUUAAGAUGUACUUGGGCAUAGUGGUAUUUGGUGCUUUCCACGGUCUUGUUUUCCUCCCUGUACUUCUCAGUUAUUUUGGCUCGCCAAUGAAUCGUCAGAAACUGUCAUUGUACGAACGUGAGGAGCGGAGGAAGAUGUUGGCCUCAUCAGUAAACAGAGUAAGAGAGAGUGAGGAUGGUGACGGGCAUGUGUUAGAUGAAGUGAAGCCUGCAUGAUCGUCUCACCUGCGCAUGCCUAGUCAUGACAGUUCCUAUUGUUUCAGUAUUUUGUUGUUUGGAUGAUCAAUUGUUCCUCACAAGACUACAACAUAGACCUGUGCCUUGUAAUCUAGGAUCUUUCAUAGUAUUGUUACUGUUAGUGUCGUAGAGAACGCAUUAUAGCAAUUUAUAUUGUGUAGUUCGUGUAACAAUUCCGAUGUUGCAUUUUUACUUAUUAGUUAUAUUUACCAGUAGAUUUAUACUUAUUUUCAUUUAUGUUGAAUAUGGAAGAGAUUAUUUAAGUACUUUUAAGUGCAUUCCAAUUUAUUCAUUAUAUAGGAAAUGAACAAAAUCAGUAAAGAUUUAGUAUUAAAAACCGUAGUAUUGUCCAUGCGAACAAUUAGUAAUGUACAGUAUUAUUGGUACUACCUCUAAAUAAUAAAAAUAAACUUGGUUAAAUUUUUAAAAUGAAACAUGAGUUACACUUUAAAGUUAACUACAACUGUUGAAACUACAACUGUUAAGUUUUUAGUUAUGUUUAAUAUAAAACAAAUUUUAUUAAAUUAUAUUUUUAGUUUUUUUAAUAUUUUAGAACAAAUUUAUAAUGUAGUUUUGGGAUAGGGGAUGUAGCCUGAUAAGUUAUAAUGUAUUCUUGUUAGAAUGUGUAACCAAUUUUGAACUAGAAAAACUUCAUGCAGAGCUCAAUCUGUUUGAUUUGGGUUAGAUGUUUGUUGGUUCAUAAAAUCCAUAAAGUCUGGUUUCAGAUCUGCUAACUCUUGAAAAAAGAACAUAAAACAAAAGCAAAAAGUUGCUUACGUGCGUUUUCAAAUAAAGUGGUGUUAAAUUGGAAAUACCCAACCUUGAGCAGUGACUUUUUAGGAAAUAAAUGUAGAUAAAGUUUACAUUAUGGUUUACUAAAAAAAAUUAUAGAACUAAAAGAUUAUGUGGUACUAACAACAUAUUUUUGUCAUGAACCACCAUUUUUAUUUCAUUUUAAAUUUGAUAAUAAUUUUGAUUUUUUGGUAUUCAAUAUUUGUAACAGAAUUGAUCAGUAGGAUUGUUCUCCGAGGAUGUAUAGCUCAGCAGCUGGAAGUAAAAGUAACAUUGAUACCUAGAGUUAUAAAAAGAGAUGUAUUAAUUUUGAUACAACAGGUUUUAAAUUGAAGAUGAUUGCCUGUCAAAUAAAAAUCCUUGUUUCAGUGUUCAGUGCCCUGUACCGAUGUGAUAACACAUCAUUUUUAGUUACCUAAAAUACCUAGCACUGAUAACAUUUUCUUGGCAUAGCAAUUUUUGGCAUAUCAAUUUUAAAAUGUAGUUUAAGGUUUAUUAUUUAGAACAGACAUAAUUUAACAACAGUGUUUAUAAACAAUAUAAAUACCAAUCAGAGGUUUAUAAUGUAAAAUUUUAAUUUAAUAGGAUUCAUUAUCAUAACUAUUAACAACUAAACAUCAGAAAACCUUCCUUAAAGUAUGAACCAGGUACAAUGCAUACUUAUCCGAACUUGCGUAUGACACAAGGUACAUAAUAUCCAAGUUUGAUUAACCCUCCUACUAGCCAACGACUUAUUUUGAGUUUCUCUAAGUCCACUCUGUAAUGGCAAACAAUUCGUUUCAAGUCACUGUGUCAUAUUCGCAUCUAUAACGUGUUUAUCCAUCAAAUUUCCCAUGAAAUAUGACAUCUAUGUGUUGGUAUCAAAGAAUCUUCCUCAUGUUGUCUUAAAACAUCCAAGAGUUUAAAAAUAGGUAUUUCAAUGUACAACUAACAAAAUCAGAACCUUAUCACUAAGCUGUGUGAAGUAUUUCUUAGUCCAAAAAUAGUUAUUUGCUAAGGAUAAAAUAAGUUUAAUAUAGACUGUUGGCUAAUUCUAAAGGAUAUCAUUAUAGUGAGAGAUUAAAAAUAGGCUAGCAUGUGUUUAAGAAUGGUUGUAAUUUUGCUAACAAGAUUGUUAUGAAAAAGUAAUAAAAACUAUUUUAUUAAUUCUAUAAGGCUGUAUAAUGUUUGGUUGUGUUCAGUUGUAAGGUCAUUGGAGCUUGGCUGUGUGCAGUUUAGAGUUUGAAGAAGGUAAAUUAAGUGUGAGACACAAAUAAAAGUGUUUAAAGAAGUUGAAUUAAAUUUAAGAUAAGUUUUUUCUGCUUUCAAGGUCCAAGCAUUUUUUGUUUGAAUGUAUGUCAAACAUUACUCUUUUCUUAUGUUCUAAGAAACUAAACAUAUUCUUUCAUGUAUGCUAAUUAAAUAUGACAACUUAUUAUUUAUAUAUUUUAAUGUACUGUUUGUACCAGGUGUAUUAAAAGUCCCAUACUCCACCCCCUAAGAACUUUCUUAUGAAUAGAGAUGAAGAGAUUUGCUUGUGGGGAUGUUUAUGUAGCUAAGGAGAUUUUUAUGUAUGAAAAUUUUUCCCUCCCCCCCCCCAAUGGGUAGUUUGGGGGUAAGUCAAAAUUUUUAAAUAGGAACCCCUAGAAAGUGACACAUCAUUUUAAAGGUAUUAUAGAAAGAAGAAGAAUGGCAAAAACUAUAGGUCUCUAAUGGUACUCUCUCAUUAAAGUGGCUAGUUAAAGUUAUCUCCACGACUAUUCAAAAGAAAGUUAUUGGGGGGGGAGGACUUUUAAGACACCAGGUAUAAACAAAAACUACUUUGUAGUGUAUUAAAGGUAAUAGUAAUUUAUUUUUACAUUAAAAUUAAAGUGUUUAACUCUUUUUAUUCCAGCCAUAGUUUGAAGAGUAUCCAGCAAAGAUCCCAGCAAUUUUCUACAUCACCAGUAAUAUGCUAUAUAAAAUACAUAAUAUAAUUGAAUAAGAAUUAAUGACUAUAAUCUGUUAUUACUUAUAUAUAACUUCAUGUUUUAUAUUUUAUAAAAAUGUUUCUCAAUGUCCAUAUAAGCAGGAACUUGAAUUUUAUGUUGGUAUUUUUUUACGUCCGUAGAUACAGCUGCUGGAACUGAAAGGGUUUAUUUUAAAAGACUAUUCGUACUAAAAUUUAAAAACUAGAAUUAAUUUUUUCUUUAAAUAAAUAAGCUGUAAUGUUGUUAAAAUUCAAUAUAUUCUAAAUAUAAAGUUUUAUUGAUAUUUCUAUAAUCUAACCAUAUUCUGUAAGUUUAUUACAUCUUAAAUUAAGUUCAAAGACAAAAUACAGGAUCUUUUAAUGCCAUAAGAAAAUGUGUUACUGUUAGGUUAGUUUUCUGUUCAUUGAUUAGUGUUGAACAAAAUAAAUUCACAAGUUGAGUGUUUUUUUCACUGAUGCACGUGGUUUAGUGGUCCACUACUAAAUGUAUGUUUGUACUGAAAAGCUGUGGUGUGAAAUGAUUUCAUAGGAACUAGCAAUUAUUUCACUAAAAAUCUCUUGUACGAGUGAUGUUACAUUCCUGCAUAAGUUGCAAUCUGUGUCGUGAGUUUGUACUGUUUGCUACAAUUCUCAGAAUACGUUGGUCGUAAUAGUGUUUAAUCAUGUUCUAUCAGCUUGUCCUUUUUAUUUAACAAUUCAAUUAAUUAAUCAAUGAAUGUUUUUAUAGAGAAAUUGGUAUCUUCAGACAUAGUUAUAUUCACCAAUUUCAAUACUUAUAUCUGCACUUGCUGUGAAAAACACAAUACACAGCUUUGCAAGUAGGUGGCUUAUUGUUUGUUGUAUGCGUAUAUUUGAUUAUAAGCCAUGAUUAACUUAGAAUGAUCCGAAUUCUCUUUUGUAGAGAACAUUUACAUUUAUUUAUUUUAUUUAAAUUCAAACAAGUCAACAACUUCUAAAUCAACGUCACUUAAAUAGACAAACAUUGUGUUUUAAUACAAAUAUUUUAUAGACAAUGAAUGAAUUACAAAUAAAUAUUAUAAUAAAUUUUCGGUGAUUGAAUUAUAAUUUUAAAAUGGAAAAGGCUACAUGUAAUUCCUUUAAUAAAAACAUAUAUUUCACAGGGAAAUCACUGUACAUAAAGUGUUGCAAUAAAACUUGAUUUAUUUUAACAAUUAUUCCUUUUUAACUUCUGUAACACCAUAAUGUAUGUUGGUUCACUCAAAAAUAUCCAUAUAUGUAUUAAUUUUCAAAAGUAAUAAACGCAUUCGAUAAAAAGUUAUACUACAUAUUCUUUGUUUAAAGUUAGUUAUUGACGAUGGGUGGUUUGAAAGUGUAACAAGAUUUAGGAUAUUUGCCAUUGUUAUAUGUUACAAAAGGUAUAACACUAUUUGUAACAUAUAAUGAUGGCAAAUGUCCAAAUUCCUGUUGUCCUUUCAUACUACAUUUAUUACGGAUCUGGUUUAAGAACUGACUAUCUAUUCUGUAUGGUUAUUAUGUUACUUGUAGUUGAGUACUAUUUUUAUAAAAAAUAAGAUAGUAAUAAUUUCAUACUAAUUGUUAAUUAUUUGAAAAAUCAUUAAAGCUGUGAUGAAGUUAGUAACAUAAUAAAUAUAAAGAAUAAAUACAUAUUUUAAUUUCCAAACGGAAUUUAGUUACUUGAUUUUGUAGUCUUUUGUACUCAUUUUUGCAUGUGUCUUGAAUUCCAUAGUCUACACAAAUACAGCAAUUUUAUCUUCUAUUAAUAUUACAUUUUUUACUAUUAUGAAAUAGGUUUUUAUUCAAUUUAGUGAUUUAAUGUCCCCCAACAAUUUGUCUUAAGUCAUUAUAGAUUGAAAAACUUCUGGAACAAAACAUGAAGUGACAGAUGAACAGAAAACCUUUUCUCUCUUACAGUUUUACUUUGAUAAUGUCACUAGUGGCUAAAAUAAAGUAUAAUGUAAAUUUUAAUUAAAGAGUUUAUAAAAUCAGUUAUAUUAAUUAGAUACUUACAAUUUUUUCCCCAAAAAUUAAUUACGUUAUUUGUGCAUGUUAAUUGGUAUUAUCAAUAGUAAAGUAGGAAUAGUAUUCUUUUCCUAAUUCAGAUAAAUAAUUAGGUAUUCUGAUGAACCUAGUGCUUGGGUAUUGUUUCUGUUGCUUAAUUUAGAAACCAAACAAAAAUCAAAGCAAACUGUCAUAUAAAAGUAUUUUACUCACUUUCAUAUCAUGUUUUGUACUAAGAAGCAAAUCAUUUAAGCAUAAUUUUAUAUUGUAUAAAAAUGACUUGUUGGGGUUUUUCUUAUCAGACGUAGCCUAAUUUACUUUCUUAUCAUGAUUUAGGGUACCAGGUGUGACAUAAAAAUUUAGAACAUAAAUAAUUAAUACAAACAAAAUGUAUAUUAUAAUAUUAAUUCAUAUAAACUAGUCACAGUUGUAAUACUAAACUGUGGUCCUCUAUUGAGGAGUAUGUAUUAAACAAUUGUAUUGUCUGUAUUAAUUAAAAUUAAGACCAUGGUUUUUAGAGUUAUAAUUAAUUGCAACACUUGUAGUAUUAUUUUUACUAGUAUUUUUUAAAUUCAUAACUGAUGAAAUUACUAGUGUUAAUGUCCUGAGUAUACGCAAAUAUUACUUUGUAUAUACUAGAGAUUGGGAGUGCAGCCAACCUUACCACAAUAAAUUAGUCUCAGACGUUAAUUCGCUCAGAAUAUUCAAAUCAAGUUCAAAAUUUAUUUUGUCUGUCUCUGUAAUGUUCACCAUAAAUACAUAGUUAAAUUAAAGUUUUGCAUUUAUUUAAGGUGUGAAAGACAAUUUAUAUGCAGUCUCCCAUUUGUUACUUUAAAUUAUUUUUUUAAAGUCUAAAAAGAAAUUGGGCUACCAAGUUAAUAAAAAACUAACAGCAUUAACAAUAGUACUUAUUAGAAUAACUGUAUAUUUUCCCAUUCAAACAAAGAAGUUUACACAAUUUCAGAAUGAGGUAUGAAGUCAAACUCUGUUAAUAUAAAACCACAAUCAAUAUGUUUGUUGUAAAUAAACUCAAUAAGUAAUAAAUACAACAAAUUUUGUAAAAACAUACUUAGUAAUUAUUCUUGAAAUUUUAAAUGUACAAUUUAAUACAUAAUGAUUUAUUAUUUAUUAAAAUAAUUCAGCUACUAUUUUAUCACUCAAAAUAAUUAUAUUCAGAUACAGUAAUGUGUUAUUAAAUACAGAUCUGCAGCAUGGAAAAGUUGAAAUUUAGUGAAAUUCCAUUUGUGUUGCUUCUUUUACGUGUUUGUGCUAUGUCAAGUUCGAUCAAUAUUAAAGUUAUAAUCAUUUUGUUGCCUCUAUCAGAUUGUGUGUGCUAUGACUUGAUUAUUCAUAUUAUAUCACUCAAGCAUUAACACUCAAGGCCAGUCACAAUCUCUAGUAUCUUCUUAUUAGUUUUAUAAGUUAUGCUAAGUGUUCUAACGUCAUGCUACUUAAUUGUUAGUUAUAUACUUCAGGUAAUGAUAAGGCUUUUACUAUGUGGAUAUUUAUCUAAAAAUGACACGUUGCUUUGGUUGUAGUUAUGAAUGGAAAUACAUCAAAUGUGAUAAUCCCAAACAGGUAUUUUUAAAAUGCUCUCUUCAUAACCAAUGGGUAAAAAACUGUGCGCUUAGUCCAAGGGAAUUCAUAUUUUUAAAAGACAUAACUUGUGCUCGGGUUAAAAACCCAUAUCUGUAUUUAUGAACUACAAUAAGUCUGAAUAUUGUGUGUAGUUUCAAACGACCAGUAAUUUUGGGACUCUGUGAUUGCUGUAUGUACAGAAUAUAUAUUAGAACAUGAAGGCUGACUCAAUUUUGUAUAUGUUUUUGUUGAGUAAUAAGAAUGUUUUAGUUUAAAAUAAUAAGUUAUGCAACACCUAUGAGAUGGGGAUAAUUAGUUCAUGCAGUUGGCAAAGCUGUUGGUGAAAAUACUGAGCCAUCUGGUAUCUUGUUUAUUACUACCAUUAAAAUCUGUGGUUUAUUUUUAACAAAUGACUGUAUUGGAUUUUAAGUUUUCAUCUGAAGAACAAUCUUUUUCUGAGGGUCAAAAAGAUGGCAAUAGUCUCAUCAUUUUUCCAAUUUUUUUUUUAGAAACUGACAUCUCUAAAAUCCAUCAAUCAUGAGACACGUCCAUUCUGACUUGUUUUCAUUCAAGAUUAACAUUUGUAGUAAAUGCCCAAAAACACAAUGUUUGCUCAAAUCUCCAUGAUAAUUAUGUGAACAUUCCAAUAUCAAAUUCAAGUUCAGAGAAAAUAGCAUUGAUAGUUAAAUGAUCAACACUGUUGUCUGUGGUGGAGGCUAAUUUUGUUAAUGUGAUCUUCAUGAAAUCACGUUUACCAAAUUGUACCCUGGUAUAUUUUCAUUGCAUCUUUCCCAUAAUUUUAGCAUCUCAAAGGUCUCAGAGACCUUAAUGGACCUGUUAGGAAUUUUUUUCCUAGUAAAAAAAAAGAACACAAUUUGAUGCUGACACUGCUCUUCAGACGAUAACUCAAAAUCAAACAUUAAAAACAAAUCUUUAUCAAAAGCCUGCAACUAUUUUUGGAAGUAAUAGAAAUGACAGGCACCUCCUGCUUUCACCCACAGAACUGCCAACCAUACAAAGAGAAAUGUACCAUUGAGCAAUCACAGCUUGAUUGUAGGUAACUAUAAAUUGCAGGAACUUUUUCACUUCACCCCAUAUAUGAGGAUAAACUUGGAAGACAUAAUUACAUUGUGGGUGUAUAUAUUAGGUAGAUAAUUUUAAUUGCUAAUAAAUGAUGUCCAUUAUGUUUUUUAAUGCAAUAAUGUUUUGAUCAUUCUUUUUUUUAUUUAUGUGGAAAUAAUAGAGUUUGAGAAUAAAUUUCUCACUCUUCCAACAGUCUAUUUAUAAAGUGAAUUUUUGUGAGUUCUAAUGUUUUUUUUCAAUUUCUUUCAACCCUAAACUUCAAAAAAAUGAUAUGAAAGAGGCAAAUAAAAGUUAGAUAUAGAAAUAAUUGACUCGUUUUCAUUUAACAGUACAAACAGAAACUUCAUAAUAAAAAAAAUUUGGUAAAUUUACUGGACAAAAUUAAGUAUGUUUCCAAAGGUAAUAAUUUUAUUUAUGUGAAUUGGUUUUUUUUUCAAUAUAAUAUGUAAAUUACACCAUGUUUAUAAAUGCUUUUUAUUUUAAAUCAAAUGGUUCAUUGUAAAGAAAAACUGUUUAAAAAAAUAGUACUUACACAAUAUAAAUGUAGUUUUCAAGGUGUUAUUGAUCUGUACUCUGUUGUGCAUUUAUUUUUACAAGGUUAUAUUUGUAUAAUUCAUAUAAUCAACAACAUAACUUGGUUUACUUGAUUUAAUACAAAAUUUUUAUUUUUUACUAGUUCAGGCUACUCAAAUAUUGUUGAAUAUUUAAAAGUAAAAGUUUGCAACACAUUUUACUCUGGCAUAAAUCAGAAAUACUCAUGCCACGUUUAUAUAGGUCAUACCAAUGUACGCUGUGUGUGGCCUAGUUUCCAGGAGCUUUUAAUUUCAGUAGCGCACAGUCACACUAGCCUUUCAUCAUAUACUCUUUUGUAGACUAAUUUAUCAAAUAUUGUGUCACUAAUUACAACAAAUUUAUAAAUGUGUCAUUUUUUUAACAAGUGAUCAUACUUCUCACCUCAACAAUUAAUAUCAAUCAAUUACAUCAUUUUUUUUAGUGAUUGGAAUAGUUUGCCUAAUUGUAUGGUACUUUGAACCUCUAACUUGUAGACUAUAAUAAUUAUGUUAACCAUUUAUAUUUGUAAGUAGCCAAAGACAGCCUAUCAGGGUAUUUUAAAUUACUUUUAAAGCAUAAAAUGUUAUUCUACUGACUAGAGCAAUACAUUUUGGAACUAAGAACAAACGUGUGAAACAAGUUUUUAUUUUUAUAUUUUAAAAUAUUUUGGCUUCAAGCAGAACACUGUGUUAAAGAUCUUUCAAUUCUGCAAUAAUAAAUGUAUUGAAAUGACAA